AUGCCACCACCACCACCAAAACCCACCACCACCACCACCACCACCCCGCUCGACUACCACUACAUGCGCCACGCCCUCACCCUCGCCACGCACGCACUCAGCACCCUCGAGGUCCCCGUCGCCUGCCUCUUCGUGCACACGCCCACCUCCAGCAUCCUCGCGACCGGCCACAACGACACCAACCGCUCCCUCCUCGGCACGCGCCACGCCGAGUUCCUCGCAAUCGAGUCCAUCCUGCGCGCCCACCCCCCGUCAAUCUUCGCGGAGACGACGCUCUACGUGACGGUGGAGCCGUGCGUGAUGUGUGCGUCGGCGCUGGACCAGCUGGGCGUGCGCCGCGUCGUGUUUGGGUGUGCGAACGAGCGCUUUGGCGGCUGCGGGGGCGCGGUAAGCGUGCGGAGGGGCUUCGAGUGUGUGGGGGGGGUGUACCGCGAGGAGGCCAUACUGCUGCUGAGGAGGUUCUAUGUGCAGGAGAAUGGGAGGGCGCCGAGGCCGGCGGCGAAGGGGGGGCGGGAGUUGAAGCUUGUGGUGGAGCCGUUGGGGGAGUAG